ACUAAAGUAAGAAGGAGCGAAAGAUUCUCCUAAACUCAACUGUCUAUCUAGGUUAACAAAAUGGCAAUUAGUAGCAGUAAUACAAGUAGUUAGUAACUAACUAAUGUUAUCCAGCUAGGUCAACAACAACCAUACCCAACCAUAAUAAUAACAACAAAUAAUUCAUUUUCACACAAAAUCACUGCACUGAGUGAGGAGAGAGGCACCCCACCCCACCCCACACAAAGUACUACUGUCAUCAACUCAUACAUAAGAACCGCCUUCCCUCCCUCCUCCUCCCGCACCGCACCCAUUAUUACUCACUCACUCACUUAUUUAUUCACUCACUCCCAACUCAACUUUCUUUAUUCAUUCUAUCACACUUCUCUCUCUCUACAAUGGAACAACAAGUGAAGAAGAAGAACAACAACAAAACCUUUGUCUUCCUAUUUUUAGCCAUUUUCUUCACUCUCUCAUCAACAGCUGAUCCAUCUCACUUUCAAACUCUACCUAUUCACUCUCUCCCCAACCCUUCAACCCUCUCAUGGCCCGAAUCAGAACAACCUUUAUCCAUAUCCGAAUCCGACGACAACCACCCAGAUUCUCUCUCCCUUCAACUACACCAUGCAGAUUCACUCUCCUCCAACAAAUCACCACAACACCUCUUCAAUCUCAGACUCCAAAGAGAUGCAGCUAGAGUCCAAUCCUUCACCACUCUCGCAGCAGCAUCUCUCAACCAAACCCGUCCACAUAGAUCCGCAACGGGUUUCAGCAGCUCUAUCGUUUCAGGUCUUUCACAAGGUAGCGGUGAGUAUUUCACACGCAUAGGUGUUGGAACUCCGGCGAAGUACGUUUUCAUGGUUCUUGACACCGGAAGCGACGUCGUUUGGCUUCAAUGUGCUCCAUGCCGGAAAUGCUACUCACAAGCAGAUCCAGUUUUUGACCCGACAAAAUCACGCACCUACGCCGGUAUCCCAUGCGGUGCUCCUCUUUGCCGGAGACUUGACUCCGCCGGAUGCAACAACAGGAACAAGAUUUGUCAGUAUCAAGUUUCUUACGGUGACGGGUCAUUCACGUUCGGAGAUUUCUCCACUGAAACGCUGACGUUUCGUAAAACGCGUGUUGCGCGCGUGGCUUUAGGAUGUGGUCAUGAUAACGAAGGUCUUUUCGUUGGUGCUGCUGGUUUAUUGGGUCUUGGUCGUGGAAAAUUAUCUUUUCCGGUCCAAACCGGUCGCCGGUUUAAUCAGAAAUUUUCUUAUUGUCUUGUAGACCGGUCUGCUUCCGCAAAACCUUCUUCAGUUGUUUUUGGCGACUCAGCCGUUUCACGAACCGCCCGGUUCACUCCAUUACUCAAAAACCCUAAACUAGAUACUUUCUAUUACGUUGAACUUCUUGGAAUCAGUGUCGGCGGUGCGCCUGUUCACGGCGUCUCCGCUUCUCUCUUCAAGCUCGAUACCGCCGGAAACGGCGGUGUUAUAAUUGAUUCGGGUACUUCGGUGACUCGUUUGACCCGACCCGCUUACAUUGCACUGAGAGAUGCUUUUAGGCUUGGUGCUUCGCAUCUGAAGAAGGCACCGGAGUUUUCAUUGUUCGAUACUUGCUUUGAUUUGUCUGGACUCACUGAGGUGAAGGUGCCAACGGUGGUUCUUCAUUUUCGAGGUGCUGACGUGUCACUUCCGGCGACGAAUUACUUGAUUCCGGUGGAUAACAGUGGAAGCUUCUGUUUUGCUUUCGCCGGAACAAUGAGUGGUUUGUCUAUUAUUGGUAACAUUCAGCAACAAGGGUUUCGGGUCGUUUAUGAUCUUGCCACUUCUCGGGUCGGGUUUGCCCCGAGAGGGUGUGUAUGAGUGAGUGAGUCAUGAGAAUUGGGAACAACUCUUUCCCUUUAAUUACUCUUUACUCUGUUUUCUGAUUAUUACUAUCAAUUAUUGUGUCUUUUUUUUUUUUCUUCUUUUUCUAAGUUUAAUUUUAUGUAUUAUUAUAGAUUAUUAGAGAAGGAAGAUGAGAUCUUAAAUAAUAUUUGUAGAUCUCACAGAGGAACUAAAAGAUUUAACAAAAUGAGAAUGUUUUUAGUUUCCAAUU